GUUCUCAGGUUUAGGGUUGUUAUGGCUGCCAUGGUGUCGUGAACUGUAAAGUUAUUUGAAUGUUUUUGCGGUGAUAAAAUGUUUACACGCGUCUGCACUGCAAAUUCUAAGUAGUUACGUCGCUUGCCUCGGAAUAUUUGUGCGAAAAAUAAACGACAAGACGCACAUGGAGUCAAAGCAAGCCUUCUGCCAUCACCCCUCCAGCAAGUUGACACAAUCAAUCAUUAAAGACCACAUGGUUUCUCAUUACAGAAAGCUUUACUCUGCUAAAGCUGCUAUUGAUACCUCAGUGCCCAAAAGUUUGAAUCUGAGUGUAAAAUACACGGACCAGAUCAAACAAGCACAGCUGAAAAAUGGGAGUCGUCCUCAUUCAGCCCACUCUGUCCUACAGAGUAGUAGAGCCUCCCGCUCCUCAGCUCAGAGUAGACUAUCUCUGCAGUAUGAUAAAAAGCACUACCUCAACUCCAGGAGUUCCAUCAUGUCCAGCCCAAGGUUCAACACAUCCUUUCAUGCAAAAGAGGUUGUUUAUCCAGGGAAAGUCAGUUCUCAGGAUACUCACCUGCCAACCAAACUAAAGCACAAGAGUCCAGAGGGAGCAGCACAUAGGAAAGAGUCACCAUGUUCCUUUGCAGCUUUGGGCAGUCACAGUCCUUACAGAGCCCACCGGGAUCCUAUGAAGAAGACCUACAGUGGUGAUUUGCUCCAGAAGCAUUCACACGUCUUUUCUUCAGCUCAGGCUUUCACCCCUAAGAUUCUGAAAUCAGAUAAAACUUCCUGUCUGUCAAAAUAUCGAUACUACAGAGCACCACAAAGGAAACCUCAGGACUUCAACAACUCUAGAUUGGAGAAACAGAAGGCAAAUCUGUCAAGCACACAAACUAGAGAAGAAACAUCACUGGAAUAUGAUCAACCAUCUCAGGAAUUUAGUGAUGAGCCUGAGCGGUCAGAGGAGGAGUUCAGUGGGCCACAUUUCUCAGCAUCUAGAGGACCAAGACAAACAAGCAAGAGCAAAGACUGUGAUUUAUACAACUCUUUAUUCAGGGAUUCACCAGAAGAAACAGUCAUGAAGAGUGUAUAUGCAUAUGAAGAAGAACUAGCAUGUCUCCAAUUCAUUUCUACUGUGACCUCAGACAUCUUGUCCAGAGAAUACAUAUCUAACAGGGUCCUAGACAUGGUGUUUAGGCGGCAUUUUGACAUGAAUCUGUAUCAUCUCAAAGAGGAUAAAAUGUGUCACCUUCUGGAAAAUCUUCGAAAAGAUAUUUACGGCCUUAACAGCCUGUCUGUGUCCAGAACAGCACUUGAAAGGGAUGGAAAUGAUCUCCACGUUGUUUUGCCAUCGCAACAGUUGACAUCACCAGAACACAGGAAGUCCAGAGAGGACAGCAACCUCUUGUCAGUUGCAUCACUGACCAAAUACUUACAUUCCACAAUGUCCACCCCACCCAUAUUGGCUUCUACACCCUUCAGCUCUUCUGACAGAUCUAAAGCUAAUGAAAAAAAUGUAGACGACAUCAGCCAGCAAAGGGGCACCGGUUCUCCUCAGCUCAGUGAGCAUGGUGUUGGUAAUACAGGAAUCAAUGAAGCGAUCUUGCAGCAAGAACAGUUGGGGACAACUUGGACCAACACAGAGGAUAUAAAUCUGAUCCAUGAAUCCACAACUAUAACCACCGAUGGACUCCACCCAGACCAAGCCGAGGCAUCUUACAGUGGACAACCGGAAGAGCUUGAAGAUCUGGGAUGGCGAUUGUCCAAGUCUUUGCAUAUGUCCAGCGAUAUACUUGAAAACAACAUGGAUGUUUCCAACGAUGAGCAAUAUAACAACACUAACAACACUGUUUCUGUUAGUGAUGAUGAGUUUUGAGUGUUUUUGUUUAAAUUCAGCAAUCCAAAUGUCUCCCUCUUCAAUCGAUUUGUUUUAUUUUUUAUUUUUGAUCAAAUCCCAAAGGUGAAUAUUGUUACAAAUAGAAAUAUUAAAAAAAAACACCGAUAAUUUCCCAUUUUGCUUUACAUGUUUUUUUUAAUGGCUCAUAAUAUCUAAUGUAUUACCAAAGCACCAUCAAAAUGUUACACAUAUUGUCACAUUCAUAUGUAUUUGGACAUUGAUACACAUUUUAUAAUUUUGUGUCUCUACACCACCACAGUGAAGUCAAAAUGAAACAAGAUGUUUGUAAUGUAGACUUAGCUAUAAUACCAGCCAUAAUGGAGUGGUACAAAGAAGGUUUUUCUUAACCAAGAUGUGAAAUUUCAGCUAGAGUUUACCAGAAGGCACAUGGGAAGUCAGCUUAGAAUUGAUGUUUUCUUGUAGGACAAUCCUCCUCUGCCCCACUCUAUGAAGCUGUGACUGGUGGUACAACAGACAAAAAUUACAUUAUGCACAGUUAGAGACUGUCAGUCCUUUUAAGUUGUUGUGGGUGUCUUGGAGGCUUCCCUCAUUACUCUCCGUCUUGCAUAGUCACUAUACAAUACAGUAUUGUUUGUAUUUCUAUUUCUUAUUUGAUUCAUUCAUUUCAUGUAAUUAUCACACACAUAUAU